GCGUUGCUUACCCUGGUCGUGCCGACAGGUACACUUCUCUUGGCUCUACAUUCAAUACCUUCCGUAAUCCAGCGUUGAGAGAGGCAAAUGGUCAAUACAAGCCUGCGUAUGAACUCAAGGAUGGCUCACAGGAAAGGAUGGGACGAAGGAAUUUGAGCUUUGUCACUUACCCAUUUCCGAAAACACCGAGGCUUCGUACGAUGGUCAAUGCAGACGACCGUCACUCGGUGGUUCGCGCAAGACUGAGGUUCGAUUCCGAGACGUCGAGACUGUUUUUGGGAGUAUCAGUGAUUCUUUUACUGUUCUAUUGCGAUGACUCAGUUAGAGCUCUCGCCGACA